CUCUUCAGAACGCACGUCUCUCUUCGGUCCAAAAUGGUCAACUACAGGACCGCAGUUUUGUUUCCUCCGUCAUCACUAUAUGUUAGCUCCAACGUCAGAGAGUUGGGAGAGAAAGAAACAAUAUAUAUCUCCUCUGACUCACUGGAAUAAGCCGAGACACCACAUGCAACCCCGCCUCCUCCUCCACCUCCUUCUCUAGCUGGAAGAAUUGUGACGGCAUUUGGGAAAAGCCAGUGAGAAGAGCUGCGAGGAGCUGCAGUGUGUAUUGGCCACUGCGGUGCUUCAGAAUGGCGGAGGGGGGCGGCAGGUGCAGUGGAUCUGGGAUGCUGAACGGGGACCGCGGGGGAUGGACCAACUAAUCACCCUCCCGCACGUUCUGCCAGCAUCAGAACCACGCCGUGACAGAUCUGGACUUAGGCUAUUCUAUCUUCAGGAAAUAUUAAGACUGCAAUGAACUACACCACUACCAGAUGUAAGGGGAAAUAUAUGCAACACCGUACCUUUUUAGGCUAAUUUCUGAAAUGUUUCAAAUCUGUCUUGAAGACAAAAAUUCGGGUGCUCCUAAUUAAUGAGCUGGUCACAUUUGCUGCGAGCGAGGCGAGACACUGGGCACUAUUGCCAAAUGCCCUCAUUUAAAUACUUUACUUCUACACUAUAACCAAGUAAAGCUAUAGGCUUUACAUUUAAUCGUGACGUAUUAGUGUGUACAUCCGUUGGGCUGUGGAGACAUUAGUGCCCGGGAUGAUUGUAUUGGUUGGUUUUAUCGCCGUCGCGUAACGGUGUCUGUCGGUGUGUGUUCAGAGCCCCGAGCUGUUCCAUGCCGCCUGUCGACACUACAGCAGCCUGCGCGCCUCAGAGCUAACGGAAUAACGGGAUAUAGUACUGUGCUGGGGACUGGAUCGGUUUCGUCUCCGGUGCACCAGAACAGGCCACCUUGCACUCUACCGGCUGGAGAAACGCACUACAACAUUAAGCAGCGGGUUUCCUCACGAGAAGAUUUGUCAUAUUUUUCUCUCUCUCUCUUGUUUAACGGAUUGGAACUCUACACUUAUGACAAAUUGGGGGUUAUUCGAUCAUAUGGAGAGAGAGAGGAUCAAUAAUUAUUUCCUCACGUCUUCUUCUUCUUCUUCUCCUUCUUCUCCUUCUCCUUCUUCUUCUCCUUCUUCACCCCUGCAGCACAAGCAAGAAUAACUGUCGAAGCAGCUUCUUUUUUCUCUUCUACAGCAUUGGACAAAGAAUGCUGCAAUCUACUGAAUGGACAUGGACAAGAGAGACACAGGAUCCUUGUUGCCACGGAGAAGAACAAGGAGCACAUGAAUAGAUGUAGAUUCAAAGAUGAUCCUAUUCAAGACGUAUUCAAAGGGGACCAGGGAUGACCAAGUGAAAGAGUUGGACCCCUUUACUUUUCUUCCAUGGAACAUGGUCUUCCUGUCUGUCCUUUUUGAUAAGGGCCUCUGUUCUUCUUCUUCGUUGGAAAUAACAGACUAUUAUAGGACAACUAUUUGACUUGGUGACAUUGUGUUAUAUGAUUUCAGAAGAUGGGUUCUGACCCCUUCAAGAUCACCUGACCUGAUUGGACCAACCGGAUGUUGGAGGCGCCAACCGACGUCUCUGGCAGGGCAAAACCAGGAACUAUAACAUCUUGAUCCUCUAGAGGGACCUUUUAAAGUCUCCCCUCUCCCCCCCACUUCCUUCUGGUGGGGGGGAGGGCAUAGCAGUUAGCCUAUCACAGCUCAGGACUUGUCCCUUCAAUAGCCAGUUAGCCUAUCACAACCAGGUCUGGUCCCUUUGUUAGCAAGUUAGCCUAUCACAGCUCAGGACUGGUCCCUUUGUUAGCCAGUUAGCCUAUCACAACUCAGGACUGGUCCCUUUGUUAGCUUGUUAGCCUAUCACAGCUCAGGACUGGUCCCUUUGUUAGCUUGUUAGCGUAUCACAGCUCAGGACUGGUCCCUUUGUUAGCUUGUUAGCCUAUCACAGCUCAGGACUGGUCCCUUUGUUAGCUUGUUAGCGGAUCACAGCUCAGGACUGGUCCCUUUGUUAGCUUGUUAGCCUAUCACAGCUCAGGACUGGUCCCUUCAUUAGCCUGUUAGCGUAUCACCUGUGAGGAUACUGAGACCAGGACCAGACCAGCAGCAUGGAGGCUAGUCAGGGUCACAGCCAGGGCAGCCCAGAGAGCACUAACCGGGCCGUGGAGUACCUCCUGGAGCUCAACAACAUCAUAGAGAGCCAGCAGAAGCUCCUGGACACCCAGAGGCACCGUAUCGAUGAGCUAGAGGUCCAGUUAGACCGCCUGGCCCAGGAGAAUAAAGAUCUACGCCUGGACCGCCAGCGACCUUUACCCCCUGAACCCCCACCACCACCCGGCCCCCCGCCACCACCUGCCAACAAAACUAGCCACACAGCCAUACCCUUCGUACCAGUUCGCCCGGUUCAGACCAAGUCCUUUAUUAGUACCAGAACCAACACUACAGCCAUACCCUCCGUACCAGUUCGCCCGGUUCAGACCCAGUCCUUUUAUAGUACCAGUACCAACACUACAGCCAUACCGGCCUCCGCACCCCCGGUACCUGUAUGGGAUAAACACACCCCUCGAACCCCCAAGACCCCCCACCGUACACCCCAAACCCCAAAACAAACCCCCGUCACCACCCAGACCCCCCGCACCCCCCAGACCCCUAAACGAACCCCUCACACCCCGCUGACCCGGACCAUCUCGACCGGUACAGGGACCAGUUUCGUGGACAUGGAGAAGGAGAGAUUAAACAGGAUGGAGAAAGAGAGGACAGAGAGACUUAAUAGUUCCACCUUGGGAAAUCCCACCAGCCACCCACACAGCCACAGACAGUCAGGCGGACCUCCCAACAAUGAAAGGUCAACACCUUAUUCCACCUGUUGCGCUUCUUCUUCUCGUUCCAAUCCUCCUACCACCAGCACCACCACCACCACCGUCACUACUACUCUUCCUGUUCCUAGUUCUACCUCCUCACUCCACAGCAGUCUGACAACUAACAGUCAGUCCAGCUCCACCCACCACCAGUACUGUUGCCCUGCCCGGCUGCUCCUGCCCAAGCCGCCUUGCGCCCUCCCCCCAUCCAGGCACUCCGACCAGGCAAGAGAGGACGAAGACGAUGACAUCGCCCAUCAGUUCUGUUGCCCCGCCUCUGAGUGCAGUAGCCCGUCCUCUAGGUAACCAGCCGAUCACUUGAACCUCCUUCUCGUUUUUUACCCUUGACCUCCAAACAACCUUACGGAGAAAACGCUGAGGGCAACAACUGGACACAACUCGUUGGUCGGGGUUUGAAAAAUAAAUAAACUUUUAAAACGCACAAACCUGGCUGGAGACAAGGCAGGAGCUCAGCUACACUGAACUGUAGUCUGGGACUUGCGGACUAGCUCUGGUCUGGACUAGCUCUGGUCUGGACUAUCUCUGGUCUGGACUAUCUCUGGUCUGGACUAGCUCUCGUCUGGACUAUCUCUGGUCUGGACUAUCUCUGGUCUGGACUAUCUCUGGUCUGGACUAUCUCUGGUCUGGACUAUCUCUGGUCUGGACUAUCUCUGGUCUGGACUAUCUCUGGUCUGGACUAUCUCUGGUCUGGACUAGCUCUCGUGUGGACUAUCUCUGGACUGAAUCUUUAUCUGCCAGAUUUUACUGUACCUCCCUUCCCUGUCCUUACCAGCAUGUCACCCUUACAACCUUGCCUAACUCCGAAUGACACAAGGCAGUCCUGAUCGGUUGACCCCUCAGACUCUGACCGUUGAAGUGUAGCGUAGGCAGUCUGAUCUCUGACCUGGGCAGUGUGUGAAGAGAACUCACCUACGGCCCCGGGCCGGGUCAACUGAUGACGAGACGAUGGAAGAAAGAAAAAAAAAACGGAAAAUGAACCCUUCAGAUUCUUUCUGUAGCUCAUAUAUAUCUACUUCCUGUAUACUGCCCUCUAGUGUCUGUAUGCUGUCUCUUUUUACUCCUUUAAAUCUCACUCUUUCUUCUUUACCUCCUUGUGAACCUUCCUCUUCCCCUCUAUCGUUCAGUGAGAGAGGACAUGGUGGGUUUAACUCUAUUCUAACCAUACGGAAAAAUAAUGAGAAAUACAUCCAAUCUUCCUGAUUCAGUGCCAAGAAAAGCUCUUAGUUUUCAACUCUUUAAAAACUUUAAAAUAUUGUAAUGUUUUGUGAACAGAAGAGUUAUGCUUUAUGAGCAAAAUAUCUGAAGAAAAAUAUUUAUUUAAAUUAAAAAUAUUUUAGUUAGAUUUCCCUUUUCGCAUUAGAGAAUACCGAAAUGACAUGAUCCUUUAUGAGUUUGCAGCAUAGACACAUAGAAACAUUAUCUCUGCCCCAAACCCAGUAAGACUCGUAAGUCAACUCAUAUUGAGUGUGAAUAGUAAGCUAUUGCAAGGCCAAGGGAUGGGUGGGGCUUAGAAAACGCUACCAAUGGGGUUCAAAUCUAAUCAGAACAGGGUAACCGUGGUAACCACGGUCUCACACUGAUCCUCAUCCAGACAUUCUGUAAAUAUCGAAAUAGGAAAAACCAGCGGCAUUAUAGUUCGCUAGGCGCUACUUCCCCCUACCCCUUACACAGAUAUAGGACACUAGCAUAGAGGUUGUUAGAUACAGGACACUACCAUAGAGGUGGUUAGAUACAGGACACUAGCAUAGAGGUGGUUAGAUACAGGACAAUACCAUAGAGGUGGUUAGAUACAGGACAAUACCACAGAGGUGGUUAGAUACAGGACACUACCACAGAGGUGGUUAGAUACAGGACACUAGCAUAGAGGUGGUUAGAUACAGGACACUAGCAUAGAGGUGGUUAGAUACAGGACACUAGCAUAGAGGUGGUUAGAUGAAGGACACUAGCAUAGAGGUGGUUAGAUACAGGACACUACCACAGAGGUGGUUAGAUACAGGACAAUACCAUAGAGGUGGUUAGAUACAGGACACUAGCAUAGAGGUGGUUAGAUACAGGACACUAGCAUAGAGGUGGUUAGAUACAGGACACUAGCAUAGAGGUGGUUAGAUACAGGACACUAGCAUAGAGGUGGUUAGAUACAGGACACUAGCAUAGAGGUGGUUAGAUACAGGACACUACCAUAGAGGUGGUUAGAUACAGGACACUAGCAUAGAGGUGGUUAGAUACAGGACACUACCAUAGAGGUUGUUAGAUACAGGACACUAGCAUAGAGGUGGUUAGAUAUUAGAUACAGGACACUAGCAUAGAGGUGGUUAGAUACAGGACACUAGCAUAGAGGUGGUUAGAUACAGGACACUAGCAUAGAGGUGGUUAGAUACAGGACACUAGCAUAGAGGUUGUUAGAUACAGGACACUAGCAUAUAGGUUGUUAGAUACAGGACACUAGCAUAGCGGUGGUUAGAUACAGGACACUAGCAUAGAGGUGGUUAGAUACAGGACACUAGCAUAGAGGUGGUUAGAUACAGGACACUAGCAUAGAGGUGGUUAGAUACAGGACACUAGCAUAGAGGUGGUUAGAUACAGGACACUAGCAUAGAGGUGGUUAGAUAUUAGAUACAGGACACUGGCAUAGAGUUGGUUAGAUACAGGACACUAGCAUAGAGGUGGUUAGAUACAGGACACUAGCAUAGAGGUGGUUAGAUACAGGACACUAGCAUAGAGGUGGUUAGAUACAGGACAAUACCAUAGAGGUUGUUAGAUACAGGACACUAGCAUAGCGGUGGUUAGAUACAGGACACUAGCAUAGAGGUGGUUAGAUACAGGACACUAGCACAGAGGUGGUUAGAGUCCAGUUGGCCCGUAACUUGUCUCUAAAGACCACUACAACCAUUGAUGUACAGCAAUGAUAUUAUCCACUGUCGGCGUCAUAUGACCACAUCAUGUUUCUUUGUCAUUGUAUUCUUAGGAAUAACUCAAGGAGAUGUAACAUAUUAUUGAAUAGUGAAACCUACUUCUGUGUUGUACAGAUACAUUAGGCUACACAGACUCUGCACUACAGUCCCAGGAACAGGACGUGAACUAUCCAAACCUCUGGUUGUGUAACAUUACAUAGUGACAUUACUUAGCAUUAGUUAGUGCAGUAAGUAGUUCCUUAACCAGACACCAGCCAGGUUAACUUAGUUAGUGUAGUGGAGCGUAGUGUAAAGGUCUAUGUCCCAAAUUUCACCCUAUAUUCCCUAUAUGCAGUACUCUAUGGGUUCUGGUCAAAAGUUGUGCACUGUACAGGGUGCCAUUUGGGAUACACUUUAAGGGAUCUCUAGCUUCCUUUUCUCCCUUUUGUUCUUAAGUAGAGUGCAGUAGUGUUAGACACUAUGGUAAUCAGUCAGUCAGUCACAGUACAGUCAGUGUGUUGUCUUGUUUGCUCAUCAUGUCAUGAUCAGUCCCUGGAUGUGGACUUCUUGCAGGUACUAUGGACGGAGAUUCGCAGUGUUCACAGUUGAGUUGCAAAAUUCAGGUUAACUUUUCCAAAAUUCCCCAGGUUUUCCUGAAAUGCCAGUUGGAGGAUUCCCAGAUUUCCCUUCUGAAUCGAGGAAUAUUCAAACCAGGACUCUAAAGUGUGACCAAUCCGUGUGCGACAAGGAGUUUGAUUUUUGUGAGCACUGUUCCGACUCGGGAAAAAAAAUCUCCCGGGUUAAUACUUGGUGUAAUGAUAAGGCUUGGCUGUACCGUUGUUUCCCAGUGCCCUAGAGAAUCAAGUGAGUGCAGAUUUGGUUAACGUCAUGGUUGCACUAUCUCUACAGAGAAAUCACGGUUUGCCCAACUAGAUCAAAAGAUCUGACCCAUGUUACCGACGCAGCAUUUAAUCUUCCUGUAAUGACGGGUUGGCUGACAACGUCACGGAAACUAUGCGCAUGCUUCAAUGGGGCAGAAGUCUUGUGUCUUGAUAGGAUUCUGGAUGGACAGAUACCUAGCAACAAUGAUAAGAAACUGUCAUGUGGGGAAUCAUAAAUGUCUUAUUUUGAGAUGUUUUGACUAAUUGCAUGUCAAUGUUAAUAUGGCUCAAAUUCGCUAAGGUUGCAAACCAACAAACGAUAAUAAACCUUGUCGUGGGUCGUUGUAAAACGAACCGCUCGUCGACAUCGUUAACCAUUUGUUUACAUUUUGUUCAGUCAUGUAACCUCAUUGGCUAGCAAGCUAACGACCCGGUAACUUCACCGGUAUAUCCAAACAUUUGGGGGAACAGAAAUAAAAUAAAAAGGGAUAGCUUCUUCUGUAGAUCAAUGGAUGAUAGCGAUGAAUGAUGCUGUGUUGACCUGCUAGUCGAAACUAGAAAACUCAAGAAAUGUCCGACUGGAAACUAAUUUCUGAGUUUUAAUAGUUCCGACUGGCGUGUCAAUUUGGUUUCUAUGACAGCCGCCUUGCAUCGCAAACCUGACUUUUUUUAAAGAGACAGUGUACCAAUUAUAUGCAAUGCAUCUCAAUUAGAGAAAUACCUAAUAUUCCACAAAUUACUUUGUAAUUUCAAUGACAGGUAUUUGUAUCGACGCCUUAGCUUUUAUAAGAAGUUAAGAUCUUCACAGUAUUACAUAUUUGUUUCUAGGGUACAUAUAGGCCCAAUAAGGCUGCAUCUCAAUUUCUGGUGCUCCUAACUUUCAUGUUGUGCUCCUAACUUUUAAAAGUUAGGAGCACCAGUGCUUCAAAAAAAGAAAUGUUUUAAUUUAGUGCCCUGAUUCCAGCUGGAACUGCGUACUCUUAUCACACCUGUUUCUGGUUGCUGUCAUGGCAACCACUGUAUCACACCUGUCUUCUGUUACCAAGGGGAUGGAAGUGAAGAGAAAGGGCUUGUCAAUGUCCACGCCACCUCAUAAAUCUAAUUAGCAUAAUAAAAAUAUCCCAAUUAAAAUCAGCACAUCUGCCUCUGUCGCACUGACAGAGCUAGAGCAGUGUUGGUCAGACCAGGAGACAUCCCAUCUGAGGUGAAAGGUGACAGAGCUAGAGCAGUGUUGGUCAGACCAGGAGACAUCCCA